AUGGCGCCGGAGCGCGGAAGCGAUGGGCGCUCGCAGCCCGGCGGCGGCGGCGCUACCUCGGGGCUGCCCCCGGCUUUCUUGCGCAGCCUGCGGACCCUCUUCGACAUCUUGGACGACCGCCGCCGAGGCUACGUGCCCUUGCGGGAGAUCGAGUCGCGGUGGCUGCGGCAAGGGAGCGGCGAGGCGAGGGAGUUGCCCCGGGGCGUCUUGGAAGGGCUGCGGCGGGCCGCCCCGGCCAGCGGCUACCUGACCUUCGAGCGCUUCGUGCUGGGCUUGAGAUCCUCGCUCCUCGGGCCGGACGAAGGAGGCGCCUGCUCGCCGGGACCCGCCGCCCCUGCUCGGAAAAGCGAGGGGGAAGCCGAGAGGGGGUCCGCCGGAGGGGGCGCGUCUCGGUCCCUGGAGCAGAUCGCCGGCGCGCCGGCGGAAUGCAAGAGGGCGGUUGCAGGCACUUUUAUAAGAAGCAGUUCGUCCUUGGUAAAAUUUCCCCCUACCCCCCCUUCCUGGUCUGGGGAGUGGGGGAAGGGAGAUAAGAAGGGGACGAGCCCAGGAUGGCUUGAAUCGGAUCACUUCCCCAUUCACACUUCUCUCCCAUCGACAGCAACUAAAGGGGGCAGCGGUGGCACCCGAAAGCUGGCAGGACAGGCUCGGCACGAGAGCACCUCCAAGGUGGCGGCAGAAGUGCGGAGGCAGCCGAGAGGCUGCGGUGAACACAGGAGACACACCAUCACCAACGGCGUGGACUACGGCAUGCUGAAGCACAUGAAGGAGCUGGAGAAGGAGAAGGACGUCCUGCUGCAGGGGCUGGAGUUGGCGGAGAGAGUGCGCAACUGGUGCCACCAGCGGAUCCAGGCCCUCCAGGAACGCCAGAAGCGGCUGGGCAGCGGGAGAGUCCACAGCGACUCGUUCGCCGAGGGCGCUCUGAGCCACCACCUCCUGCCCAAACUGCAAGCGCUGAACCAGUGCCUCGGCGAGCUAUUGUGCCUCUCGGCGAAGCCCCCGAACCCCGGUUUUGCCAUGGGGCACGCUCCACCCUCUGCCCCCACGGCCUCCCCUCCUCUCGUCGGAUCUCAGCAGGCCUUCAACAUGUUGAAGGAGCAGAACCGCCUGCUCACCAUGGAGGUGACAGACAAAAGCGAGCGGAUCACCCAGCUGGAGCGGGAGAAAUCCACUCUGAUCAAGCAGCUGUUUGAAGCGCGUGCCCACAGCCAGGAGGAAAGCAACCAGCUGGACUCCACCUUCAUCUAAAGACAGACGUCCCCAAACUCCGGCCCUCCAGAUGUUUUGGACUCCAAUGCCCAUUAUCCCUGCCCACCGGUCCUCUUAGCUAGGGACCAUGGGAGUUGUAGGGCCGAAACAUCUGGAGGGCCGCAGGUUGGGGGUGCCCGAUCCGAGACCAUCUCUGGUCAGACCUCACCUGGAGUGCUGUGUCCAGUUCCAGAAGGAGACUGACCAGCUGGAACGUGUCCAGAGGAGGGCAACCGAAAUGGUCCGAGGCCUGGAAACGAUGCCUUAUGAGGAACGGCUUAGGGAGCUGGGUAUGUUUAGCCUGGAGAAGAGAAGGUCAAGGGGUGAUAUGAUAGCCAUGUUCAAAUAUAUAAAAGGAUGUCAUAUAGAGGAGGGAGAAAGGUUGUUUUCUGCUGCUCCAGAGAAGCGGACACGGAGCAACGGAUUCAAGCUACAAGAAAGAAGAUUCCACCUCAACAUUAGGAAGAACUUCCUGACAGUAAGAGCUGUUCGGCAGUGGAACUUGCUGCCAGUUCUGGGCACCACAGUUCAAGAAGGAGACUGACCAGCUGGAACGUGUCCAGAAGAGGGCAACCGAAAUGGUCCAAGGCCUGGAAACGAUGCCUUACGAGGAACGGCUUAGGGAGCUGGGUAUGUUUAGCCUGGAGAAGAGAAGGUUAAGGGGCGAUAUGAUAACCAUGUUCAAAUAUAUAAAAGGAUGUCAUAUAGAGGAGGGAGAAAGGUUGUUUUCUGCUGCUCCAGAGAAGCGGACACGGAGCAAUGGAUUCAAACUACAAGAAAGAAGAUUCCACCUCAACAUUAGGAAGAACUUCCUGACAGUAAGAGCUGUUCGGCAGUGGAACUUGCUGCCAGUUCUGGGCACCACAGUUCAAGAAGGAGACUGACCAGCUGGAACGUGUCCAGAGGAGGGCAACCGAAAUGGUCAAAGGCCUGGAAACGAUGCCUUAUGAGGAACGGCUUAGGGAGCUGGGUAUGUUUAGCCUGGAGAAGAGAAGGUUCAGGGGGGAUAUGAUAGCCAUGUUCAAAUACCGUUUUUCUCAUAUUAUAAGACACAUCUUAUAUUUAUUUUUUCCACACUAUGGCUUAUUUCCAAGGGAUGUCUUAUUUUUUUCCCUCCUCCUCCUGCCGCGGCCGGCAUUGCUGCUGCGCCCAUCACUAUGUCUUAUUUUCGGGGUAUGGCUUAUAUUCCUCGAAUGCUUAAAAAUCCUGCGAUGGCUUAUUUUAUGGGUAUGUCUUAAAAUAUGAGAAACUGGGUAUAUAAAAGGAUGUCAUAGAGAGGAGGGAGAAAAGGUUGCUUUCUGCUGCGCCAGAGAAGCGGACACGGAGCAAUGGAUUCAAGCUACAAGAAAGAAGAUUCCACCUCAACAUUAGAAAGAACUUCCUGACAGUAAGAGCUGUUCGGCAGUGGGAUUUGCUGCCAAGGAGUGUGGUGGAGUCUCCUUCUUUGGAGGUCUUUAAGCAGAGGCUUGACAGGCAUAUGUCAAGAAUGCUUUGAUGGUGUUUCCUGCUUGGCAGGGGGUUGGACUGGAUGACCCUUGUGGUCUCUUCCAACUCUAGGAUUCUAUGAUUCUUUGAGGCAGCUGCACGGGGGGGAGGGGAAAACGGAUAUUUUAAGAGGCACUAACUACUGGGCCACCCAGCUUUCACCAACCUGGUGCCUUCCAGCUGUUUUAGACUACAAUUCCCAUCAGCCACAGCAUCAUACAACCACCCUGGCUGAGGCCUUUGGGAGUUGUAGUCCAAAAUGUCCAGAAGGCACCAAGAUGAUGGAGGUUGGGCUUGGCUAUCCUGACAGUAAGAGCUGUUCGGCAGUGGAAUUUGCUGCCAGGGAGUGUGGUGGAGUCUCCUUCUUUGGGAGGUCUUUAAGCAGAGGCUUGACAGGCAUACGUCAGGAAUGCUUUGAUGGUGUUUCCUGCUUGGCAGGGGGUUGGACUGGAUGGCCCUUGUGGUCUCUUCCAACUCUAUGACUCUAUGAUUCUCUAUGAUUCUAUGAUUCCACCUAAACAUUAGAAAGAACUUCCUGACAGUAAGAGCUGUUCGGCAGUGGGAUUUGCUGCCAAGGAGUGUGGUGGAGUCUCCUUCUUUGGGAGGUCUUUAAGCAGAGGCUUGACAGGCAUAUGUCAGGAAUGCUUUGAUGGUGUUUCCUGCUCAGCAGGGGGUUGGACUGGAUGGCCCUUGGGGUCUCUUCCAACUCUAUGACUCUAUGAUUCUCUAUGAUUCUAUGACUCCACCUAAACAUUAGAAAGAACUUCCUGACAGUAAGAGCUGUUCGGCAGUGGAAUUUGCUGCCAAGGAGAGUGGUGGAGUCUCCUUCUUUGGGAGGUCUUUAAGCAGAGGCUUGACAGGCAUACGUCAGGAAUGCUUUGAUCGUGUUUCCUGCUUGGCAGGGGGUUGGACUGGAUGGCCCUUGUGGUCUCUUCCAACUCUAUGACUCUAUGAUUCUCUAUGAUUCUAUGAUUCCACCUAAACAUUAGAAAGAACUUCCUGACAGUAAGAGCUGUUCGGCAGUGGGAUUUGCUGCCAAGGAGUGUGGUGGAGUCUCCUUCUUUGGGAGGUCUUUAAGCAGAGGCUUGACAGGCAUAUGUCAGGAAUGCUUUGAUGGUGUUUCCUGCUCGGCAGGGGGUUGGACUGGAUGGCCCUUGGGGUCUCUUCCAACUCUAGGAUUCUAUGAUUCUCUAUGAUUCUAUGAUUCCACCUAAACAUUAGAAAGAACUUCCUGACAGUAAGAGCUGUUCGGCAGUGGAAUUUGCUGCCAAGGAGUGUGGUGGAGUCUCCUUCUUUGGAGGUCUUGAAGCAGAGGCUUGACAGCCAUCUGUCAGGAAUGCUUUGAUGGUGUUUCCUGCUUGGCAGGGGGUUGGACUGGAUGGCCCUUGUGGUCUCUUCCAACUCUUUGAUUCUAUGAGUAGGAAGAACUUCCUGACAGUAAGAGCUGUUCGGCAGUGGGAUUUGCUGCCAAGGAGUGUGGUGGAGUCUCCUUCUUUGGGAGGUCUUUAAGCAGAGGCUUGACAGGCAUAUGUCAGGAAUGCUUUGAUGGUGUUUCCUGCUCAGCAGGGGGUUGGACUGGAUGGCCCUUGGGGUCUCUUCCAACUCUAUGACUCUAUGAUUCUCUAUGAUUCUAUGACUCCACCUAAACAUUAGAAAGAACUUCCUGACAGUAAGAGCUGUUCGGCAGUGGAAUUUGCUGCCAAGGAGAGUGGUGGAGUCUCCUUCUUUGGGAGGUCUUUAAGCAGAGGCUUGACAGGCAUACGUCAGGAAUGCUUUGAUCGUGUUUCCUGCUUGGCAGGGGGUUGGACUGGAUGGCCCUUGUGGUCUCUUCCAACUCUAUGACUCUAUGAUACUCUAUGAUUCUAUGAUUCCACCUAAACAUUAGAAAGAACUUCCUGACAGUAAGAGCUGUUCGGCAGUGGGAUUUGCUGCCAAGGAGUGUGGUGGAGUCUCCUUCUUUGGGAGGUCUUUAAGCAGAGGCUUGACAGGCAUAUGUCAGGAAUGCUUUGAUGGUGUUUCCUGCUCGGCAGGGGGUUGGACUGGAUGGCCCUUGGGGUCUCUUCCAACUCUAGGAUUCUAUGAUUCUCUAUGAUUCUAUGAUUCCACCUAAACAUUAGAAAGAACUUCCUGACAGUAAGAGCUGUUCGGCAGUGGAAUUUGCUGCCAAGGAGUGUGGUGGAGUCUCCUUCUUUGGAGGUCUUUAAGCAGAGGCUUGACAGCCAUCUGUCAGGAAUGCUUUGAUGGUGUUUCCUGCUUGGCAGGGGGUUGGACUGGAUGGCCCUUGUGGUCUCUUCCAACUCUUUGAUUCUAUGAGUAGGAAGAACUUCCUGACAGUAAGAGCUGUUCGGCAGUGGGAUUUGCUGCCAAGGAGUGUGGUGGAGUCUCCUUCUUUGGGAGGUCUUUAAGCAGAGGCUUGACAGGCAUACGUCAGGAAUGCUUUGAUGGUGUUUCCUGCUUGGCAGGGGGUUGGACUGGAUGGCCCUUGGGGUCUCUUCCAACUCUAGGAUUCUACGAAUAUGGGCAGACUUACCCAGUAUCUGUCACGCUCCAAAUAGAAUGUCCAUAGACAUGCUGUGACAUCAUUGAUUGUCCACCAAUGGCAGGAAACCCAUUACAGCUACAGUGGGUUUUGUGGGCAUGUAGGGACAUGGGGGGGCGCGGCGCUGAGGGUUCAACCACAGAGCCUAGGGCUUGCCGAUCAGAAGGUCGGCGGUUCGAAUCCCCGCCGCGGGGUGAGCUCCCGUCGCUCGGUCCCAGCUCCUGCCCACCUAGCAGUUCAAAAGCACGUCAAAAGUGCAAGUAGAUAAAUAGGAACCGCUCCGGCGGGAAUCAUAGAAUCCUAGAGUUGGAAGAGACCCCAAGGGUCAUCCAGUCCAACCC